AUUUAUCUGAAAAAUCUUAAUUAAUUUUAGUUAAGAAUAGUUAAAUAUUGCUAUAACACAUAAUUAAUUUUACACAUUAUAUGAUUCUAUCUUUUUAAUAUUUAAAAAUGAAUAGAGCAAUUUUCUUCAUAACCUUAAUAUCUUUUGCAUAUACAGUCAAUGAAAGCAAAUUUUUCAUAUUUGAAGCCAAAAUUCAAUUCUUUCGAUGUAUGGAUUUUGAUACAACUUUGAGGAAUCAUGAUAUUUAUAAAGUACUUCUAGACGGUACAUUGGAUGAUUUGUCAUGCAUCCUUCUAUUAGUAGAGGACAAAAAAAAAGCCAUGGAUUAUUUUAUCAAAGUAACAGUCGAAAAAGUAUGUUAUAACGAACAUUUUUUAAGUGUAGCAAAAGUCAAAAUUGUUAAAGAUUGCGAAGAAUUUCUACCCAAAUGUGGUCGAUUUUUUUGGGAGCGAAUUUUCGAUCCGGCAAAAUUUAAUUUAAAAACGCUAAAUUUAAAACUUAUUAAUGGUGACAUUUAUUUUGAGGAAGAUAAUCAAUAUUUUUUAUUACUCUCCUGCUCAAGAGUCGAAGCAUUAUAUUCUCAAUUUUAAUAUAAUUUUUUUUUUUCAAAAAAUUUAUAAAUUCAAAUAAACAAUAUACAAAACUAAAUAUUAUUAAACACAUUUUAAAAUAUAUUUGUUAAUCACU